AUGAUUCUGAAGCCCAAGCUCGAUGCCGUCGUCGGGCCCGCUGGGAAGAGGCAGGCGAAGGCCUGCGAGCCGCAGGUGAUGCUGAAGUGGCUGCGCUCUCCCCCGUCAGGUGGUGUUGACCCUCCGCGCGGCAGUGGCGGUGGUAGCAGUAAUGGCGGUGAUAGCAAAGGGAAUGGUGCCGCGGAUGUUUCCGCCAUCCUCGUGUCUGGUGGUGCCGGGGGCACGGUGAACAUUUGGCAGCUCACGGCGAAGCACUUGGACAUCCUCAACACUCUCCCGGGGCAUACCGGAGCUGUCACCUCGGCGUGCGUCCUGCCACACCCGGAGGUUUUCGUGACUGGCUCGUUGGAUGCUGACAUCCGAGUAACCUACAAGGCUGUCAGAUACUGGCGAAGGGCUGCACAGUUCACGCGCGUCAUGAAGGGUCACAGCCGAGGAGUCGUCACCAUCGACUAUAGCCCCACUCAGCGGGUCAUAGUCAGCGCGGGGUUCGACCACGACAUCCUCGUCUGGAGCCCUGUUGCAGGACAGGUCAUAUGUCGGCUGUCGGGCCAUGGGUGCUCCCUUGUUGCGGCCAGGGUCAGCGCCGUUUCGUCGGACGUCAUCUCCGUCUCCAUGGACGGCAUAAUCAAGGUGUGGGACUCGGCCAACUUCAAGUGCGUUCAGACGAUUCGCUCCCACCGUCAGCAGGAGAAGAGACCGGGGGCUUCGUGGUCAUCCGCCGGUAGAGGUGGCGAGGGCGCGGGGCACGGAGGCGGCGGCGGGAAGAUGCAACGGGGAAAAGCCAGCCAGGACGGUGGGGGGACGAAAACGAAAAGCAAGGCCUCGUUCGCACCCGGCGGAGAUGGCGUUGUGGACCUUUUCCUGUUCGAGGGUGAGACCAGCCGUCUUCUCGUGUGUCGCGGCACCGAGCUGGACUUUCACGACAACGGUCGGGCGGGAGAGAAGGACGUCACCGACAGCAAUCAGGUGACCGAGCUGACUGCUAUCACGCCUACAUCUUUCUUACAUUCCUUCGAGUCUGUGCCACGUUUGUUCCUAAUGACAAACAACAACAACGGGCGGGCGGGCGGGCGGGCGGCUAGGACCUUCCCGGUGGCGGGCAAACAGUCAAGUAUUGAUAGCUGCCAAUCUGGGCUAGGAGCGGCGGGGGGCGUAGAUUUCUCCCGCGUCGUCGAUGUUAUUGGCGACGGCGGCGACGGCGGCGACGCCGAAGGCACCGGCCGUUAUCGCCUGGUGGAGGCAGGCGAAGCUGAAGAGAUCACAAGCGCGUGCAUUGACUCCCGCGGGCACCAGAUUGUCAUGGGUUUCAACACAGGACGCGUGGCGUGUGCACGGUACCUCACGGGACGGCUCGUGGGACAGCUGGACUUCCAUCCCGGGGAGGUGACCGAUGUGGCGGGUGUGUGGAACGAUGCAUGCGGGCUCCUGGCAGCCGGGUCGGAGUCACCCCUAUUUGAAAAACAGCAAAACCUGUCCUUCAGAAGACGCGCGGUGAAGCAGCUGAUGGUCGGUGCAAAAAUCCUGCGCGCGAAGAAGACCUUUCUGACGACGCUCGAGUCUUUUCGAGGGCCUAACUGGAGAAGCGACCCGAGCCGCGGCGGUACGGCUGGAGAAGCUGCAGCAUGGAGCGGAGCACCGACAAUCACAACGGUCACGGACACCAACAGCAGCACUAGUACGCUGCUUACUCGAGAGGGGGGAGGGACAGAUACGCCAUCGGGGGUUUCCUCAAAUAUGGGAGGACAACCAACGGGAGGACGAGGACAAGGACAAGGCGGUAGAGCAAGACAGCCCGGGAAGAGCGACAGGAAAAUAUUCAUCGACGACGACGAUAGCAACAGCGGCUUUGGAAACGAUAAAACAAGCGAACGUCAGAUCGCCGCAAGAUCUGGCAAGGGAAACCACGGCAACAACGCAAGAAGCGUCAGAAUCGCUGGCGUCGGCGGAGCUAUCGCGGAAGACGCCGACUUCACCGAAGAAGACAGGGAAGUGACACAACAAGCGGGCGGCGGCAAGGUCGAAGAGCUGAGGUCGCCUCGAGCAGUAGCUGAAGCACCUGCUGCUGCCUCUGCCACCGUCGGGGGGAUGACACCAACACCGCCUGCGGGGCAGAGACCGCGACCGUCGUCCUCGUCCUUGUUCAAUAAGAAGUUCGCCAAGCGCUUCUUGCGCAGCGGCGGCGGCGGGGGCGGCAGCAGCAGCAGCAGGAGUGACAGGCUGCGACAGCGCGAUGGAGAAGAUCAGGAGAAUCCCCUCCGCCGCCGCCGCCGCCGGCACGUUCAAGGCGGCACCGGCGGGGAAGGACAAGGACACGACGGCGGUGGAGCCAACAACAAGGGCGGGGGUGAUGCAGGAGGGAAGAAAAGCGAUGGGCAGGGUGGGGACGGUGGGAGGGGGGGGAAAGGUGCACCGGUGAACAUAGGGAGCCGGUUCAGGAGCCACAUCACGACCGUGGCCGUCAGUCACAUGUACCAGCUAGCUGCAACGGGCUCUCUGAAUGGCAACGUGAUCGUGUGGGAUGUGCAGAAGGGGCCGUCUACCUGCGGUCUUGCUACCCUAGAGGCGCACAACGGGUACCAGGUAAACAGCAUCUGCUUCUUAGAGCCGCAUGCCGCGCUAGUCACGUGCAACCUGGAGGGAACAAUCGCUAUCUGGCGGAUGGGCCCCGCUCCCGAUCCCCUCAAAGACUAUCGCGGCUCGGGCGAGGAGAGCGGAGAACAGGGCUUCGGUGAUGACGACGACAGGAGCAUCGAUGCGACCACAACUGCCGCGGGAAGAGCAGCCCGCGGCACGGGCGGCGGUGACCCUGUCGUUGCUACAAUACGCGCGGGCAACAAGGGAAGGAGAAGGGCCACGGGCGAGCGAAUGGCGCCUUCUUCGGAAUGGCGAUGCGUCGCGCUGUUCUUCAACAACAACACCGCUCCGUCACACGCUGCGCCCGCCUUCCCGGGGGAGGGUCUGGGAGUCGGGGGGUGUUCGGAAGGGCAGGAGGUGCCGGUGUCGGCGGCGGUGAACAGCCUGGCGUGGAGCAGCCUCGAGGAGCGACUCUUCACGGGAGACACCGUCGGGAAAGCACGGCGAAACAGUUUGCGAGAAAGAUCACAAGACGACGAAUUAUUGCUACAUCUCCGGACCACGUGUUCGAUACAGGUGUGGGACAUCAAAGGCGCGUUGACGUCGCCAGGAACAGAGGACGAGUCGCGGCAGGUGGCCAAAACCAGCAAGGACGAAAUAAGCAAAAUGGUUCACAACGACAGCAGCAGUAUUACCAUCGACAGCAGCACCACUAGCGGCGAGGACAAGGAGAAGGAGAAGGAGAGGAACGAGAACGACGACAAGCAACAGAACAAUACUGCCAACGACGACUACAACGACACCAUCACUACAACUACAACCAUCACCACCACAGACAACCCUGACAACAUUAACAACGACAUCGACGUUGAUAUCAAUGCCAUGGUCGCCAUGAAACAUGAGGAAGGAGAAAAUGAAGGGCCGGAAACCCAGUCGCACCGAGGUUCCGCCCAGUUGACAGCAUGGAUCCCUGCCCCCUUCAUGGCACCGUUAGACGCCAACCUGCGCGAUGACCUCUCUUCGAUGGGGCCGGCGAACGGCGACGACACCAGCAGCGAUGAGGAUGACGGCAUCGGGAUGAACGGAGGGAGCAAAGCCGCAGGCACAAGCUUUUCCGCGCACGGGGAACACUCCACGCUUUGGUCGUCGGAGUUCAGCGAGAGCAUCAGCGGUGAAGACUACGGGGACAGGUUCGGGCGCGGCAUAGGCCUCCAGUUCGUCCGACGGAUGGAUGAAUGGAGGCCUGGUAAGGAGGGUCGCCAAGAGGUCAUCAAGGUCAAGGUGUUCGAAGGUCAGAGCGUUUCCUUUCGGGGCGUGGCGAUUGUGGGUCAAGAUCGCCCCCAUCCGGGUGCCGACAACCACGGUCGUUAUCGUGGAAAUGGACGACGGCCGACGACGAAGUCUGGCACGGUGAUCGUGGCCACGAUAACCCCUGAUAAGCUCGUGAGGUUCUGGACCUCCGAUGGGAACCUUCUGGGAAGCCUCGACCAGGCUACGUACUUAAUCAAGACCGGAAACGUCCUGAUUGGGGCUUGA